AUUUAUUUAUAUUGAAAAUAUUCUUUACAAUGUAUGUAAUCUUUUAGUUUUUACAAUAUUUAUGUCGCGGUUAUGUACUUUUUAUGUACUUUAGAAACUGGGUAAAUACUAAAUCAUGUUGUGGUUAGAGAUUUUCCUUAUUACUGUUUUACACUUUGAUCUCAUUCAAAAUAAGGAUAGUGGUUGUGGUUGUAAUGUAAAUCGUAAUAAAGAGGAACGAGGAUAUAAAGAUAGUGUAUUUGGCGCCGGUUUUGAUGAAAGUCAAUGCAAAGUAAAACUCGACGAAGGUGUCGAUAAUGUCGAAAGAAAUGACAGUGAAAUGGUUUUAAUUCCCGGUGGCACGUACCAGCUUGGCACUGAUGAUAUAGUUAUAGAAGGAGAUAAAGAAGGUCCGAAAAGAUUAAUACAACUAAGCAGUUUCUAUUUGGACAAAUAUGAAGUAUCAAACAGGGAAUUUAGUCACUUUACAAGAUUAACUAAUUAUAAGACUGAAGCUGAAGUUUUUGGAGAUAGUUUUGUGUUCACACUGUUUCUGAAUAAAACAUUUAAAGAGGAAUUGAAAGACUAUCGUGUGGCUCAAGCCCCCUGGUGGUAUAAAGUAAAUGGUGCUAAUUGGAGGCAUCCUAAUGGACCCGAUUCAGACAUUUUUGAUGCUAUGGAUCAUCCAGUGAUACAUGUAUCAUGGAAUGACGCUAAAGCAUAUUGUGCUUGGAAAGGUCAGAGAUUGCCAACUGAGGCAGAAUGGGAAGCUGCAUGCCGUGGUGGACAUAGAGAUACUAAAUAUCCAUGGGGUGAUAAAUUGUUUCCUAAUAGAAAACACAUGGCCAACAUUUGGCAGGGUACAUUUCCAAACUACAACUCUGAAAAGGAUGGUUACAUUGGCACUAACCCUGUUCAUUUGUUCCCACAAAAUGAGUUUGGGCUUCACAAUAUUGCUGGCAAUGUUUGGGAGUGGACCAAUAGUAAUUGGACUCAAGAUGAUACCAAAGAAAAAGUGAAGAGGGGUGGUUCAUAUUUGUGUCACCAUUCAUACUGCUACAGAUAUAGAUGUUCUGCACGUUCACACAAUACCGAUGACAGCUCUGCGGGAAAUUUAGGUUUUAGGUGUGCUAGAUCUGCAUAAUUUAUAUGAACAAAGCUAAUAAUAUUGUGUAUGAACAAAGCUAAUGUAUAUUUAUAGUAUAGCUAAUGCAUUUAUUUUGCUGUUUUUUUAUUGUUAUUUAUAUCAAACUCUGAUCUGAGGUUUUAUGAUUGUGUGUAACAUGUAUUUUUAAUUUUUAUUGUAUAAUAAUUUAUAAGGUCAAUGUGUAUUGUACUUAAGGACUAGGUUUUGAACUUAAUAUGUAAUAAAGAACAAAAGACACCUCGCUCAUUAUUAUAUAAGAGAUUCUAUGAUGUACCUAUGUUUUGUCUAUUCUGUGUGUAACUUGUCUUCCAAUUUAUGAAAUAUACUAUUGUAUGAAAAUA